CAACUUGCAUACUGAACAUUCUUUACAUUGCCCAUUAUAUUAUUACUCUACCGUUCAAAUGGAAGAUAUUGAAGAGCCUGCUGAGAUUGUAGAACCGGGUGAAAUUGCAGAAACGGGAAAUCUCGAGGAACCCAUGAACGAUGCCCCGCCCAUGAUCUACAUGUAUAAUUACGACUUUGGAAGAGACCCUUCUUUAACGAUAUCGACAGGAAGUGCAUUGUGUGGCCCUGUCGUCCUAUCGACGGACGAUGCUAGCGCUGCUCGCCAAGUAAAUUUCUGCAAAGGUCUGAAAUGGAGUCCAGAUGGGACGUGUCUUUUGAGUAGCACCAACGACAAUAUCCUUCGACUAUAUGAAAAAUCUGCGGAGAUAGUCGAUUCUAGCACUAUACUUGGCGACACCCUUACCUCUGCCAUCGCAGUGAAAGAAGCGGAAUCCAUUUAUGACUUCUGUUGGUACCCGUUUAUGACCUCUGCUGAUCCUAGCACCUGCUGUUUCCUCACGAGCGUGCGAGAUCAUCCCGUACAUCUUUGGGACGCCUACACGGGGCAAUUACGCUGUUCGUAUGCGGCCCACGACCAUCUUGAUGAAGUUCAAGCACCAACAGCGUUAGCCUUCAACUUGGAUGGUACAAAACUAUAUUGCGGUUUCAACAAUCUGAUCCAGAUUUUUGAGACACAGCGGCCUGGCAAGGACUCUGAGCGCAGGCCCACAACUCCGACUAAACGAAGCAGAGAGGGACAAAAAGGCCUGAUCUCAUCCAUCGCUUUCAAUCCGGACCGUUCUGGCAUGUAUGCUGCAGGAUCAUUUUCAAAGAAUGUGGGACUCUAUGACGAGCGCAACGAUGAGCUACUCGAUUUGAUGAAGCUGGGGGAUGGAGGAGGGAUUACACAGGUUCAGUUCUCGAUGGACGGCUGUUAUCUCUUCUCGGCAUCACGAAAGAGUGAUGAGAUCCAAUGCUGGGAUAUACGGAAUACAGGCGAGAUAAUUGCACGGUAUCAGCGAAAGGGAGACACAAAUCAGCGUAUCAACUUUGAUCUUGAUCCUUCCGGGCGUUACCUGAGCACUGGAGAUCAGGAUGGACGUAUUUUAAUAUAUGACUUGAAAACGCACGAGCUGGUAAAGGAAUUUCAAGGGCAUCGAGACACAGUAAGUGCAGCCGGCUUUCACCCCUCCCUACCCCUGCUUGCCAGUUGCUCUGGUCAACGAAGAGACCUUUUGAGUGGCCAACUCGUAAUGGACGGUGAUGGCAUCGAGUGUAUAAGAGAAGAUGACGGCACCUGUAUCCCCAUUGAUAGUCGAGUAUGUAUAUGGGGCUUGCCCUACCAUUACGACACGCCCAUGGAAGAAUCAACAUUAUCUGGAGACAGCUAAAUUGCAAACGGUGCACAAAAGCCGAAGGAAUCCUGUAUUGGCUGUAGCGGGGUCCCUCAGUGCGGUUUUACUUAAACCAGGGUCUUGGACUCUAUGUGAGGUCAUUUGAUAAAAUAUCGCAUGCGAAACAUAUCAUUAGAUUAGAGAAC